AUGAUUCUGGAGAUCACUGAGUUUUGCAAGUUCACUGAAGAAUAUCUGAAUUCGUUGAAACCCGACGAUACAAAGCUGCUGGAACUGAUCAGUACACUUGAUGUUACUGAAAGCUUUGACAUACUGACUGGUGCUAACCUCGUUGACCAUUUGGCUGGUCGGCUAAGUCAAGAAGGAGUUUCUAAAUGGAUUCAGACUGCCGAUAAGCGAUGGUCUUUACGUCAUGUUACCGCUGCUUUUAGCCAAUGGAGCACUGAAGCAAAAGUGGAAGCUUUGACAGAGUUGAUAAAGCGACCAGAGUCAGAAGAUAUCCAGUACACUGUUGGGAACUGUAUAGAUUCGCUGUUCAAAAUAAAGGUCAGAGCCGGCGAACUUGUUAGCGUUUUGUUGAUAGAAGGAGGUGAAGAAGUGCUAAGGAACGCUACAGAUUCCUUAUUUGGUAAAGAUGCGGUGAAGAGUGCGCUGAAGAAAAUGAAUGCCAGUCCGGUUUACAAGAGUGUCCUCCCGGUGUAUUGGAUGUGUUUGAAACUAUGGUCGAAAAUUGCGUCUACGGAACAAAUGAGCGAAGGAUACCAGAAUAAUGCCGAAGAGUUGCGAGCGAUUGUGAAGGCAGGCGAAGAGGGCGUAAAGGUUUUAUUAGAUCAGCUUCUCUCUCUUCUUAGUCAACCACAGAAAUAUCAUCGUACCGUAAUCUACUAUGUAUAUGUCAAUCUGUUACCGCACAUCAAGGAAGAGCAUGUUGCGCACAUAAUCGAAACUUUAUCCAUGGAUGAUGAAGAGUUGGCUGAUGAAGAGGAAAGCGAGGAGAAGACAUCAGACGAAGAUGAAGAGAUGGAAGAAGCAAGUGAAAGCGAGUCUGAAAGUUCUAUGGAUGAUGAGGAUGAUAUCGACCCGACAACAAUCAGUCGUUUAGAAAGUGCACUUGGAAAAGCAGCAGUGAAACGAAAAGCUGAUGCUAUAGAUGAAGAAGAGAGCGACGCUUCAGACGUUGACGAUGCGGAGAUGUUUGCAAUGGAUGACCGAUUGGCGGCAGCUUUCAAAGCAAUGGCUCCCAAAAAGGAAAAUAAAUUAGCCUCGCACAUGGCAUCUGCCUUCCGAUUGAAGCUUGCAGACUUGUUGUUGUUUACGCUAUCAUCACAAAGUACACCUUUGUCCGUAAAAGUGCAUAUGAUGAUACCGUUGUUGAAAUUAGCUAAACAACAAUUGAAAGAAGAUGCUGAAGGUCAUAAUUCGAGAAAAACUAUUGGGUUGUUGAAUAUUAUCGCGAAGUUGAAGAAGGCCCAUCUUCCUGACGAAGAAGUUGUGAGCCUUCUUGACCAGCUUAUCCAAGAGGGUACCGGAAUUGCGAAUCCUACGCUGAUCUCGGCUGUUGCCUCUAUCUCGUCAUUCAUAUGCUCACUGGGCAUAUCUUCCGAAGGCACAUGCUCAGAAGUAGUUUUGAACGCUUUUGUGGGGCUUUUUGAACGCUUUAUGAGCCAAGAAGAAGGCUUAAUAGGAUGUGAACUAGCAAUUGCAGCUGUCGUCAAGCAUCCGGAAGUAUUCGUUCCGAAAGCGAAAAUCUUCCUGAAGGCUGGUUUCAAUGCUGAGUAUCGAAUAUUCCGCAGGACAGAAGCUGUGUUAUGUCUUGCUGGAAUGAUGACAAAGGCUGUUCAACAUAAAAUUUCUGCGGAAAAGUCUGUUGUGAAAGGUAUUGGGAAGUCUUGCACUGAGUAUCUGAAUGCUUCCGUUGCUGAGCCGAAUACGAUCAAACCUCGCUAUUUUGCAAGCGUGUUGAAACUGAUUUUGUCCACUGCGACUAGCAUCAGCGAUGAACUCAAGCCGACGCUGCAGAAACAUUUGUCGUUAGACUCGUUGACUGAGGAUGAAUCGAAAUGGAACAUGAUCGCUAAGAAAAUUAACGCAGCAUGUCAACAGACAUGUGGAAAGUCACCAUCGCGUGUGUUGAAUGCCAUACAAAAUGCGAUUGCGUAGAUCUUGUUUAUUUUUGAGUUGUUGAUUUUUUUACUUCCAAAUCACUGCUUAGAACUGCUGGUUAUUGCUCAUUGUUACUUGUUGUUGUUCAUGUAAUGUUGUUGAUGCUAUGAUCAUAUUGACUAUGUAUG